AGAGAGAGAGAGAGAGAGAGAGAGAGAGAGAGAGAGAGAGAGGGAGGGGAAGGAUAUAUUGAGUCAAAACAGCUCUGCUUGCUCCUCAGUGUUGUGAGAGAAGAGACAGAGGACGUGUGAGAAGACAAGAUGGAGCGCUGGAACAGAUGAAGACUGUCACUGGUCCCAUCCGGCGGUCCACAUGAGCGUAUCGAAACCUCCUCCGCCCCAUUCCCACUUCGCCCCCCCACCCGACUCUUCCACCUCCUCCCAUCUCUCCAUCCCUCCUUCCUCCUCCACCCCAUCCUCCCCCGCACCUUCUCGUGCCACCUCCUCUGCUCCCAGAUCUCUCCCGCCGCCCUCUCCUGUCAAGAUCUCCAUGCAGGAGCACUUUGCUAUCAACGUGUGUCCCGGGCCCAUCAUGCCUAUCCCGCAGAUCUCUGACUUCUUCCCGCGUUUCCACGACUUUCCCAUGACCCCGCCCCCGCCCCGGGAGAAGAAGAUCCUGAAGGAACCAGAUUUCGGAUUGAACAAUGGAGGGGAGACGGACGGUGAGAAUAAGGAGAAAGAGAGGAAACCCACCGAGGUGGACCGGGGGGAGAGGCAAGAAGGGGCGGAUUCAGACGACGAUGAUGAAACUUAUUUGGGCACCCUGGAGUUCACCCUGCUCUUUGAUCACGAGAACAACUGUCUACACUGUACAAUCCACAAGGCCAAGGGACUAAAGGCCAUGGACUCCAACGGACUGGCCGAUCCAUACGUCAAGCUCCACCUCCUGCCUGGAGCAAGCAAGGCGAACAAGCUCCGCACCAAAACACUGAAGAACACUCUGAACCCGGUGUGGAGCGAGACGCUGAUGUACCACGGCAUCACUGCUAUCGACAUGACCACCAAAACCCUCAGGCUGUGUGUGUGUGACAUGGACAGGCUCGGUCGUAACGAGUUUAUCGGAGAGGUCCGUGUCGCCUUGAAGAAACUGAGCAAGGGCGAGAGCAAAAGAUUCAAAAUGGGUCUGGAGAGAAUCACACAGAACAAAGACAUCAACAAAGAAACCGUGGAGCAAGGAACACCUGUGGCUGAGGAAGAGCGUGGUCGUAUCCUGGUGUCGCUGUGCUACAGUCCAGAAAAGAGCUGUCUACUGGUUGGCAUCGUACGCUGUGCCCACCUCGCUGCUAUGGACUCCAAUGGGUACUCUGACCCCUUCGUCAAGAUUGUGCUGCAGCCUGAUAUGGGGAAAAAGUCCAAGUACAAAACCACAGUGAAGAAGAAAACGCUCAAUCCCGAGUUUAAUGAGGAGUUUGUGUAUGAAGUUCCGCACGACCAGCUGGCGAAGAAAACACUGGAGAUCUCCGUAUGGGACUACGAUCUGGGGAUGAGCAACGACUUCAUAGGCGGAGUUGAACUGGGCAUAAAUGCCAAGGGAGUGAGGCUGAAACAUUGGUUUGAGUGUCUCAAACACAUCGGCAAGAAAGUUGAGUACUGGCACACGCUCACGCAGCAAGGAGCCCCUCCGGAGGCCCCCCCGCAGUGACUGACAUACACACACACUUUAUCGCAAUUAUUAAAUGAUAAUCAGUGAAUGGUGAAGAAAUAAAUCAAUAAUAAUGUAAUAAAGUAAUAAGUGAUAAAACAUGCAAUAAUGACACGGAUAAUGAUGAUAUAAUAAUAAUAUUAAUUAUAAUACAAAAUCACAAUAGUAGCUAAUUAUCCCAAUGUAGCUUUUUACUAAGUAAGCACAUUUGUGAAAAUGUCCCUCAUUGAAAUGUUUAAUGUGAAGGUGCGAACAAAUUUGACCUUAGCCCUCAAUAUUGUGAAGUCACUUGCAUUUCAGUCAUUCAGAUGUACACAUUAAUAGUGUAGAAUCUCUUACCUGCACUGUAACUACAAUACUGGAACAGUCUGUAAGCACCUUUGCCCAACAAGGUCUUGUUACGAACGUUGUAGUCACCAGGUUGUUUCUACUCGGGAUGCAGUUGAAAAAGGUGCCGAACGUCCGGUUGAGAUGACUGGCGUCUUGCAACGCUAAUGCUAACUGCUAUAACAGUUCUAGGAAGUAUGGGAAACUGCAUACUUGGCGUGUCUCUGAAAGUGGCUGCGGCGAAUAAAGUCGGUGGAUCAACAGCGAUGGGUGUAACAUCAGCUCUCUCUUAUUGGUUAGACGGUUUUGACUGAGCGGUGUUGUUUUUAGUUUCUUACCAUGCAACUACCAUACCGCAAGUGUUUGGACUUCAGUUUUGAAGCCAGAAGAUGAGCUCAAAUGGUAUUUCACUGCUACAAAUAAUUUUAUAUUUUUAGUGAAUAAAACUGACAACUUAGAAUUUUUUAUUAAAAGUACUAAUGAUGUGACUGUCACCCUGAUGCCGACUACACUAGGUAGCUACUUCACACGCCGUUGCGGGACAAAAGUGCUUAGCAAGCGGAAGCGACAGACCCGGUAUUGUUGCCGUUCAUGCCGUUCCUAUCGAGUAGGUUGUAUCAAGGUGACAUCUAGAUAGUUAUCAAUAUUAGUUAUUUAUUGUGUAGACUGCUAUCCCACUUGAAAUAAAAUAAUGGGAGGGAAAAAAAUUGCCACUUUAGCUACUGCUAGCAACACGGCUGCCCAGUGGGAAGCACCUCAGGUUGGCAGACACCUCCAUACAACAACAACGGCACAUUAGUCAUUCAUACACACUCCUCGUGCAGCCCAGUCAGCCACGCAAAAUGGUCUUUAGCAGCAACAAAUCUGCCCAAUUUAAUGAUUUGCUUUCCAUAUACCCACUUGUGUUGAUCAACCCACUUCUUUCGCCACGUCCACUUUCAGACACACUCCACAUGUGUUGUUAUCCAUGACUCAAUUCGAGCAUUAUCUACGCUAACAAUACCAACAGCGCUAACAAUGCUAACAGUACUAACAAUGGUACCAGUGCUAACAGUACUAACAAUGGUACCAGUACCAACAGCGCUAACAGUACUAACAGCCCUAAUAGUGCUAACAGUACAAAUAAUGGUACCAGUACUAACAGUUCUAACAGUACUAACAGCAGCGCUAACAGUACUAACAGCCCUAAUAGUGCUAACAGCGCUAAUUUAGCGUAAUAGGUGUGAAAACAGUAUUCACCAAAGUGCGUUAACAGUGUUAGCAUGUGUUUACCCUCCUCUGCAUCCCUGAUUUACUAUACAAAGUACCCAAAUGACGAGGACAAGUUGGGUAAGUCACCUGCUAUAGAUUUUUAUAAUGGUGGUUGUCGCUCUGAUGCAAACUGGCACACCAUGACGUUAAAGCACAAAAGGAUCCAUCUGACGGUCUGUCUCUGUGUACUUGUCCGAUGUCUGUAGGUGAUGACAGUGGGUGUCUGUACCUCCCCUUAUCCUCCUGUGUGUAUUUGUCUUUGUGUGUGAGCGAGUGUUCGUGUGUGCAUACAUUUUGCAUACAAAUAUGUGUGUGCACGUGUGUUUUUGUGUGUUUGUCUGUAAGCGUGUCUCCAAAUGUCUCCAUCCAUGAACCCCAAAGCAUGGAGCUGUGAAGAAAGACUGAAAAAAAGAGACAAGACUCACUCCUACAGUACGACACUCACUCCUAUGUUCCCUGGAUGUCUCCCUGGUCUAACAAACUGAUGUCCUGUCACAUGUGCAAAAGUAUGGCUGGCAGUCAAGUGAGUCACUUUUUUUUUCCCUUGGUGACAGUCACACAAGAUAACCAUCCGUCUGGAUUAUUUUCUAAACCCUGCUCUGUGCCCUUUGACCUUUGACUUUGAGUGACUUGAAAGCUACACAGAGAGAUUUCUGCGGCAGUCUCAAACAAACUAUAGCCCCCUAGUCUAAAGAGUGGUUAUCAGGGGUUAUCAAAUACUAACUACUGGGUGUGCAGGCUUUUGCUCCAGCUCCAGCCUAAUGCAGUCUCGACGACAAUAAGUGUCAUCGGGUGUGUUCGUGCUGGAACAAAGGCAUGCACAUCCCAGUAGCUCUCGAGGACGUAGAGAGUUUCCUCCUUCUUUUCGGGGUGCCCUUACACUCAGAUUUUAUUUAUAAAUGCCAGAAUUUUUUCAAUUUCAUUUCAUAACAUUCAAAUAUU